AUGAUACGCUCAAGAUGGCCCUGGACGCUUCGGCUAACAAGCUCAGCUCAUCAGUCUGUGGCGCAUCAUCAGAAGCGUUGCAAGGCCUUUGUGCGGAGACUCGACAAGAACAACGAGGUCUAUUACACAAUAUCCAACAAGCGGCCACCAAAGUCUCCCGACUCCAUUCCCGUUCGGGAUGACUUCUUUGAGAUGCCGGAUCUAUUGCUGGACCUCGACGCUGACGGAAGCCGGUUUGUCCGCCCGGCAGACCAGGCCGAUGAGGAGCGCCUGGAGAGGAAAUGGGACGUUGACACGAAGAGACUCAAUGUUCAGCAUCAGUUGAAGCAGCUGCGAGACCAAAUCGACGAGUCACGGAGGAAGGCUGAUGAUGUCUUGUCGAACCCGGCAAAUAUCUGGAGACUCACCUCACAUGACGUUCUCUCAGCAGCUCUUCGCUGCCAACCAGGAACCGUCAACCAAAUUGACAUGAGCACGACAACCUCAGAAGCACCACCUACUCUCAAUAGGCUCACCUUGAAUCAAGAACCUAGGUUUCUUGAGACGCUCUGUAGAGAAAACGGCAUCCCUCCCCAUGCGCUGCAAGAUGACCAAGUCCUUCUUGAGUGGAUGUUGCUACGGUUCAAGAGCCUCAAGCGGUCUAUAACGAAUCGAAGCGAACAGCCACUAUCCCCAUCUCAGCUGGCAACUGCUCUACAGAAUUCAACGUCAAUCACUGGCAUCCGCCGGCUGGUGUUUCAUGCUCUGAGUUCUGGAGAGGCAGCCAACCUCUAUUUCCCCAAGACAAAGGGGGUCAACGAUGAAUCAAAAGGCACACUAAACGUGGCCCGGGAAAUACGCAACGCCUGUUUCAAUGUCUUCAGUGAGCAUCCAGAAAAGGCUGUAGUCCAUCUGGAAAUACUGGGCUUCAUUGGGAAUCUGGCUGCAAGAUUGUCAUCUCACGGUGCUGCUAUUCCACCUGCUCUGACCGGACUGGCACUUCGACUUUCUGCAGCAGCGGGACUUACUGGAGCGACAUCUGAAUGGCUGCAUAGAGGCUUUGUGAACUGCACAUGGGAGCAUCAUACGGCAUCGUCGAACGACGUAGCCGAAACUCUCACGACAUUCGCCCAGCAUCUGGGGAACUCAGGGGAAGGCGGCUUAUACGCCGUUCACGAUCGACAACUGCUCUUACAGCUGCUGACUGGCAUUGAUGAGAAUCACACACUCUCAAGUGAUUCUUUGCGCUCGCUUCCCCUACUGUAUCUCAGCGAACAGAGUCAAGUCCCAACAGACGGGGCAUAUGAAAUGUACGAAUCAUAUAUGACUCUGCUAGGCCAUCUCGGGGCCGUGAGAACCAUCUGGAAAGAAUGGCACGUCUCAAGACCUAUUGUAACGCGGUUCCUGAAGCCAAACGACGGCAUCCAACGGCUCAAGCAUCUAUACGAAACAUCGCUACUGAGCGCUCUUCGAGUAGCUGCCACCUUGGAGACACGAUGCCCUCCGGAUAUGGAGCUGGGCGAAUGCAUCGCGCAGGACUAUCACUCAAUUGCCGCACAGGACACCGACUCUUGGCAUGCCAAUGCAACGGAAACAGCUCGAUCAAGCAAGUCUACAAAUGCCAGCUCUCCAGGCUUGCCGUCUUUCGACCUCCCCCUUGACGAAUGGAUUGCAAAACUCGACGAGGCCAACCGUCAGAGGGCACCCUCGGCUCGAUGA